AUGGACAGGGCCACCGCGUUCUACCGCUCGCAGAUUGGCGGCACGGCCGUCAUCAACUACUGCUACACGGACAUGCCAUGGCGGCUGUUCGUCAAGGACGUCUACUUCUUCUUCGUCUACAUCUGGGCGCUGCCGUGGGUGCUCAUGCCGGUUCGCCCGUGCGGCUCCGGCGAGCUCGACGAGCUGUACCCCAGCCUGCCGAACCUCUUUUGCAUUGCCGUGCACUUUGUCCUCGUGCUUCUCCAGCUCGCCUUCAUACUCGUGCUGCCGAUCGGCAUCUUCUUCCCCAUCUGGACGGUGGCCGCGGCCGUGGGCGCGUUCCUGACGCUCAACUGGGCGCUGUGCAAGCUGCUCAAUGGGUCGGAGACCACGUACCGCUCAGACGAAAAAUACGCACAAGAGCGGCCAGAGCACGCGCAUGAGCAGUGGGUGUUUCUCAACGGCGUGGCGGUUGGCGAGCACUGGAUGAAGAACAACCUCAACCGACUGGCGCUCACAUUUGGACGCCCCGUGCUCGGCAUUCACAACCGCACCUCCGGCAUCAUCUUCGACGUCAUCGAAUGCCUCGUCCAGCGCAACUUCACCUACGCGACGGCCGACGUGCGCCGGGCGUACAGAACCAUGCGGGACGUGCUGUACGACCCCAGCAAGUCCAAGGUCAUCUUCGUGCUGCACUCGCAGGGGGGCAUCGAGGGCGGCCUGGUCCUGGACUGGCUGCUGCAGGAGACGCCUCAGGACCUGCUGGCCAAGCUGGAGGUGUACACGUUUGGCAACGCGGCCAACCACUUCAACAACCCGCACCGCCACGCCAUCUCCCAGAGCCUGUCGCAGUCCAACCCGAGCGCGGCCAUGGCUACCAUCAUGAGGGAGACGAGUUUCAGCAGCGCCGCGAGCAGUCCUGUCGAGAGGCGCAAGGCGAAUGGAAAGGCAGAUGGAAAGGGGCAGGCGCAGGCGCCACCGCCGCCGCCACUGUCGACCGAGUCGUCGCUCGCGUCAUCGCGCACCUUGUCGGCCGCCAAGGACCGCGCCAUUGGGCACGUCGAGCACUACGCCCACAGCACCGACUUCGUGGCAAUCUGGGGCGUCUUGCACUUUGCGACGAACCGUGUCGGGUCGCCGCAGCUGCCGCGCUUCCUGGGACGCCUGUUCAGUCGCGCCAGCAGCCGCGGCGGGCACCAGCUCAACCAGCACUACCUCGACGGCAUGUUUCCGCUGAAGCGAGACCCAGAGACGGGAAAGUUUGUGGGCGCCGACGAGGACAAUGCCUUCAUGGAGGAGGCGAUUGAGCUGGGCAAGGAGGGCGCCGCCAUGGACAACGCGCGGGAGGCGUUUGACAUUUCGUACGCGGGCACCCAGGGGUUCGGGUCCGGCGACAUCAGCACCCCGGUCGAGGUCCACGGCGUGGCCGACAGGAAGGUCAAGAGGCGCGAGGUCAAGGUCAAGGAGCUGAGUCGCCUGUGGAUGUAUAGGAACGGCCAGAGCCCCCACGAGAUUCCACCAAUGCUAAUGACGGAGGGUGGCGUGGUGCGCACGGGGACCAUCUAG